AGUCAGGUGGUAGCAGAAGAGGGAGGGGAUAAGGACACUCACACACAAAAACACACACUUUCUCCCUAAAACCGACGGCCUCAGAUAUCCAACUUUCCGGCCUUUCCCAUCAUCUCCGGGCAUAUGGACACCAGUAAUGCCCACAACAACAACAUCUUGUGGUUUUUCAAGCAUAAAGGAUUUGACGACAAAAAUAUUCAUGAAAUCUUAAAAAAAUGCAAGCGUCUCGAGGGUGCCCAAAAAGAGAACUUAUCUGAAAACUGGGAUUACUUGAAAAAAAUCGGUAUCCAUGAAAGAAAGCUUCCUUCUAUUGUCACAAAAUGUCCAAGAAUUAUGACCCUAAAUUUAAACGAAAAACUUGUCCCCAUGAUACAAUGUCUAGAAACUCUAGCAACAAAACCAGAUGAAGUAGCUUCUGCCAUAGCCAAAUUCCCUCAUCUGUUAACACAUAGUGUUGAAGAAAAGCUGUGCCCACUUUUGGGUUUCUUCGAGUCACUCGGUGUGUCUGGAACUCAACUUGGUAAAAUGAUUCUACAUAACCCACGAAUCAUUAGCUACAGCAUUGACACAAAGCUUUCCGGGGUAGUAGACUUUCUUGUAAGCAUCGGGUUGACCAAAGAAGGGUUGAUUGGUAAAAUAUUGGUGAAGAACCCAUCAAUCAUGGGUUACAAUGUUGAAAAAAGAUUACGUCCAACAACUGAGUUCUUGCUUUCUAUAGGUGUAACGAAACCUGAUCUUCAAAAAGUAGCGAUGAACUUCCCGGAAGUGUUGUGUAGAGAUGUUAACAAGAUUCUGAAACCGAAUUUUGAUUACCUUAAAACCCGUGGCUUUGAUUCACAACAGGUAGCAAGUUUAGUGGCUCGUUAUCCACCUAUUUUGAUUAAAAGUGUUAAGAACUCGUUAGAACCAAGAAUUAGGUUUUUGGUAGAGGUAAUGAAUCGAGGAAUUGAGGAGGCUGCGGAUUAUCCUGAGUUUUUUCAGCACGGUUUGAAGAAACGACUCGAGAGGCGGGAAAAGCUUUUGAAGCAGAGAAACAUUUCGUGUAGUCUGAGUGAAAUGUUGGAUUGUAAUCAUAAGAAGUUCCUUUCUAGGUUUGAUUUGGUGGAGAAAUAUGUGUAAGGUGUUUUCUAUAUUCUGUUAUAUGCUUUUCGAUGCAAUAUUAGUGAUAUGCAGUUUAAUUAUGUUCAUUUGCUUAA